AUGAAGCGUGACAACUACAGGGUUAGUGUAGACAACACUUAUAGUGAUUAUGCCAUCUUUGAUCUUCCAGUUGAGACCGAUGAUGGUGUCACUAAGUUGGGUGAGGCUAAAGGUUAUUUUGUGGAAUGGCCCGUAGACAUGGUGUUCUUUGUGGAUAAGGGCGAGACAACGCCUAAGAAGGCUAAAUCGAUAUCACUCAAGGAGACAGUUGAUAGUUGUGGCUAUAAAUCAGGGGAGUCAUCAACUGUCAAAGGCAAAGGAGGCAAAUGCAGUGAACUUUCCGAAAAGAUCGUUGAAAUUCUUGGUGACUAUUGUUCUAUGUUAUAUUAUUAUAUGAUUUCGGGUGAAGGAGAUUAUGAUACCACGUCAAUAUCACUGAAGGCCCCAUUGUUUUAUCAAGAUCAAGACAAACAGUUUUUUCUUACAUCCACUGACGUCUACGAAUUCUUAAGAGAGGCAUGGGCUAAUGUCUCAUUGAUUCAUGUCUACAUAUUGUUUCUUGUUGAAGAGCGCAUCUCUUUAUUUCAAAUUUCAGAGAUCAAAUUCCAGUGUCCCCAAAGAAUAUCUGCAGCUGAAAUCAAGAGUGACCCAUCUGAAGUUUCGAUGUAUUUAAGAAAUGCUUUCUUGGCUGAAUUGAACAAGAAGGAUGCACAUUGCAAAUUCAUUUUGGCGUCGUAUUAUGAAGAGUGUAGACUUAAAGGGAAUGCUUUCAAAAAGAGCAAGGUGCAAUUGUUAUUCAUAAGAAUGGAGUGCGCUCAACAACGUGGAAGUACCAAGUGUGGAUAUUAUGUAAUGAGAUACAUGUAUGAGAUAGUUUCUUCUCAUAGAUACUGCAAGGAUAAGUUGCAAGAGGAGUACAUGGAAAGGGAUGCAUCAUAUAAUGAUGAAGAAAUCAACGAGGUUCGAGAACAAUGGGCUAAGUUUUUUAGAAUAACUUAUUUAUUGAAAGAUUAA